GUCUUCUGAAUUCCUAAGGCGCCCAAGUUCUCCGCUUGCCCCGUAACUUGCGGUCCAUCCGUCGUUUGAUCGCCGUCGACCCUGCCCAGGCCAUGGCAAUGACGUUCGCAAGUUCGAUCACGUAGAUCAGAUCCGGCUGCUGACAAGCUGUCGUCGAGGUUCGCAUACACGACCCAACAAGAGUUGACCCGCCAUCGGCGCGCUAUAACCCAGGCCCCCAACCAUCCAUUGCCUACGUACAAGCUGGUAGUGGUCGGUGACGGCGGUGUGGGUAAGAGCGCGAUCACCAUUCAAUUUUUCCAGAAAAUGUUUGUAGCCGAUUACGAUCCGACCAUCGAGGACAGCUAUAUUCAACACACGUGCGUCGACGAUGAGUUUUGCGUGCUCGAUGUAUUGGACACGGCCGGUCAAGAGGAGUUCAGUGCGAUGCGAGAGCAGUACAUGAGAAAAGGAGAUGGUUUCAUGAUUGUCUAUUCGGUCACCGACCCGAACAGUUUCAAAAACGUUCCUAAUUUUUUCACUCAGAUACUUCGGGUCAAAGACAGAGACGAAUAUCCAAUACUGCUGGUGGCCAACAAGGUGGACUUGGUGCACUUGCGCAAGAUCAGCGAGAGCGAAGGUCGCGCGAUGGCCGACAGAUUAAAUUUGCCGUACAUGGAGACCAGCGCCAAAGAUCCACCGCAAAACAUCGACGGCGCUUUUCACGAGGUGGUGCGCAUCAUACGGAACCAUCCUAAAGAAUUAUCCGAGGACCGUCGCCGUAGACGUCCUAAAUGCUUAAUCAUGUAAACCACAAUGUCUUGCCAUCAUCAUAUUAUUGUGAAAGUGCCUGAAGAAAUGAAAACAAAUUUAGCAUAAGUCAAAAUAAAAAAUAAUCCUAAUUUAUAACCAGCGAUAUUAGUAUUUUAAGUCAAUAAUUUAAGAUUAUAAUAUUAUUUGUGUACAAUUUUGUACACAAAUAAGAUUGUAACACCAAGUAAAGUCUGAACACUAUUUUGAAACCGUUUUGCAGAUUUACAUAAUAUACAUAACAGUUCUUAUGUAUUAAAUUACAUUUUAUGGUAUAAGUUUAAGUAAUGUCAGAACAAUUUAUACAGAGUAUAAAUAAUUGCGAUUUUACAAUGGUCGACAGACUGAAAGUAAAACAAAAUUUUUCAAAUGCUUUACAUUUUAAAACUACAUUUAUUUUAUACAACCUAUAUACACAUGUUGUUACAGAUGUAAUGUACAAUAUUAAACAUUAAAAUAUAAGUUCACAAAAAAAUGGA